UAUUUGCUGCUUAACUGCGUUGUGCCUUUUCUGCAGAAAAAAUAAUGUUACUACACAUAAAAAUGAGUUUUAAAUCAGUAUUUGGCACAUAGUAGUCAGUGAUACUUUUAGCUCUGAUUUUUCUUAAAGGGGUCUUUUGAGCAAUUUCUUCUGCAAGAGAAUAUCCAGAGACACAGGAAUAGAAAUGAUCCGAUCAGAGUAAUUAAAGGCUUUUACUGAGCUCUAAGGUCCCAAACAGGGCACAUUCAGUUAGCCUGAAGCUGUGAAGAACCUUCAACAUAAGGAACCUAGAAAGAUUAUACAAUGAAUGGUGAUACUCGGGCCGCAGUGGUGACCUCACCACCCCCGACCACAGCUCCUCACAAAGAGAGGUACUUCGACAGAGUGGAUGAGAACAACCCAGAAUACUUGCGGGAGAGGAACAUGGCACCAGACCUUCGGCAGGACUUCAAUAUGAUGGAGCAAAAGAAGAGGGUGUCCAUGAUUCUGCAAAGUCCUGCUUUCUGUGAAGAAUUGGAAUCAAUGAUACAGGAACAAUUUAAGAAGGGGAAGAAUCCCACAGGCCUAUUGGCAUUACAGCAGAUUGCAGAUUUUAUGACCACAAAUGUACCAAAUGUCUAUCCAGCAGCUCCACAAGGAGGGAUGGCUGCCUUAAACAUGAGUCUUGGUAUGGUAACUCCUGUGAACGACCUUAGAGGAUCAGAUUCGAUUGCGUAUGACAAAGGGGAAAAGUUACUGCGGUGUAAAUUGGCAGCAUUUUACAGACUAGCAGAUCUCUUUGGGUGGUCUCAGCUAAUCUACAAUCAUAUCACAACCAGAGUGAACUCUGAGCAAGAGCACUUCCUCAUUGUUCCUUUUGGACUUCUUUACAGUGAAGUUACUGCAUCCAGCUUGGUUAAGACCAAUCUUCAAGGAGAUAUAGUAGAUCGUGGAAGCACAAAUCUAGGAGUAAAUCAGGCUGGCUUCACAUUACAUUCUGCAAUCUAUGCUGCCCGACCAGACGUGAAGUGCAUUGUGCACAUUCACACACCAGCAGGGGCUGCGGUCUCAGCGAUGAAAUGUGGCCUCUUGCCAAUCUCCCCAGAGGCGCUUUCCCUUGGAGAAGUGGCUUAUCAUGACUAUCAUGGCAUUUUGAUGGAUGAAGAGGAAAAAGUUUUGAUUCAGAAAAAUUUGGGGCCUAAAAGCAAGGUUCUUAUUCUCCGGAAUCAUGGGCUCAUGUCAGUUGGAGAGAGUGUUGAGGAGGCCUUCUAUUAUAUUCAUAACCUUGUGGUUGCAUGUGAGAUUCAGGUUCGAACUCUGGCCAGUGCAGGAGGACCAGACAACUUAGUCCUGUUGGAUCCUGGGAAGUACAAAGCCAAAUCCCGUUCCCCGGGGUCUCUGGCAGGGGAAGGCACUGUAUCACCUCCAAAAUGGCAGAUUGGUGAGCAGGAAUUUGAAGCCCUCAUGCGGAUGCUCGAUAAUCUGGGCUACAGAACUGGCUACCCUUAUCGAUACCCUGCUCUGAGAGAGAAAUCUAAAAAAUACAGCGAUGUGGAGGUUCCUGCUAGUGUCACAGGUUACUCCUUUGCUAGUGACGGUGAUUCGAGCACUUGCUCCCCUCUCAGACACAGUUUUCAGAAGCAGCAGCGAGAGAAGACAAGAUGGCUGAACUCUGGCCGGGGCGACGAAGCUUCUGAGGAAGGGCAGAAUGGAAGCAGUCCCAAGUCGAAGACUAAGGUGUGGACGAACAUUACACACGAUCACGUGAAACCCUUGCUGCAGUCUCUCUCGUCCGGUGUCUGCGUGCCAAGCUGUAUUACCAACUGCUUGUGGACUAAAGAGGAUGGACAUAGAACUUCCACCUCUGCUGUCCCUAACCUGUUUGUUCCAUUGAACACUAACCCAAAAGAGGUCCAGGAGAUGAGGAACAAGAUCCGAGAGCAGAACUUACAGGACAUUAAGACGGCUGGCCCUCAGUCCCAGGUUUUGUGUGGUGUAGUGAUGGACAGGAGCCUUGUCCAGGAUGCGCCCCUCUCUGACUGUACGGAAACUAUCGAAGGGCUCGAGCUUACAGAGCAGACCUUUAGUCCCGCUAGAUCUCUCUGUUUUAGAAAGGGAGAGCUGGUAACAGCCUCCAAGGCCAUCAUUGAGAAGGAGUAUCAGCCUCAUGUCAUUGUGAGCACCACGGGCCCUAACCCCUUCAACACGCUUACAGACCGUGAGCUGGAAGAAUACCGCAGGGAGGUGGAGCGGAAGCAGAAGGGUUCCGAAGAGAAUCUGGACGAGACGAGAGAACAGAAGGAAAAGAGUCCUCUAGACCCAUCUGCUGUGCCCCACACCCCCCCCAGCACUCCCAUCAAGCUUGAGGAAGACCUUCCACAGGAGCUGACUUCUGGAGAUGACAGUGAUGCUGCCACCUUCAAGCCGACUCUCCCCGACUUGUCCCCUGAUGAGCCUUCAGAAGCACUUGGCUUCCCGACAUUAGAGGAGGAGGAGGAAGCCCGUGGACCCCCGAGCCCCGCCAAGCCACCCGCCGAGGCCAACCCCGAGCCAGCCCCAGCAGCUGAAGAAGCUGUCCCCACAGCUGCCGAGGAGGGGGUGGUCGCAGACCCUGGCAGUGAUGGGUCUCCAGGCAAGUCCCCGUCCAAAAAGAAGAAGAAGUUUCGCACCCCUUCCUUUCUGAAGAAGAGCAAGAAGAAGAGUGACUCUUGAGGGUGGCCCGCCUGCACUAACACUGUUGUGUCAGAAGCGACCCUGGUUCCGCCAGCGUCCCCGAUUGCGUCUCGUGCUCUGUCCUCUUGUGUAAUGGAAUGCAAAAAGCCAAGCCCUCUGCAUAGCUAGAGCUCCCCUCUUGUGACCAGCGCCAUGCAGCCUCCGGUGCUACCCGAGUGUGUGCUCUGCAGCCCCUGCCCUGCUGUGGGCCUGCAGCCUCAGGUCCUGGGGGAGCCUUGGGCUCCGGCGGCCCCUGAGAUGUGCGCCCCCCCACGGGUGGUGGUCAUGCUGGAAGGUACUGGAGGCUUCUGCUGGUUCUGGUUACAGGUGUCACCCUCCUGAGCCUUGACCUUUUGCUGUCCUUCCUGUUGUGAAAUAACACACACUCUGCCUCGGCUUGACUUCCCUUCCCCCUCUACGGCGUCUCAGGUGACUGAACCAGCCUCAUGGCUUCCUUUGGCAUUAUCUGUUCCGUGAUCUCCCUUGAUUCUCAUCCACAAAGCCUUGGUCCUGUGAAAACACUUGUGUGCCCACCAACGGCCCAGGGCACCAUGGCUGCCUUGAGGAGGCGGGUUUGGGCUGGAUGCUGGGCCUGGGCACCACUGCAGUGAUGUGCGUCUGACGAUCGCCCCUUGAUCAAAACCAAAUUCAGGAGCUCAGAGUCGCUUAAUCACUUGGGCCUCUGGAGUCCUGUUGCAGGGAAGGUAUAUCAGGAGAGGGAAGUGUCCUUUCUAGAAUUUUCUUUAAGCAGGCUUACAAUUCAGCCUACGUUUUUGACUGUGAACAUGAACAGGCUGCUUUUUGCUUUUCUUUUCUUCUCAGAGCCUGUGGCAGACUGCGGCAGAGCACUGCUUGCCUGUCUUGGGGGAGAUCUUAGGGGGCUUAUUCUCACCUUAACUCUGCCUAAAAGCUGCCCAGGUUUUGAUAAAAGGUAACUCAAGGAAGACGCCGGCCCUGGCAGUCCCAUCUGACUUUGUGGAGUCCAUGACUUGCUCCCCUUGACGACACCAUUGUGAAUUUUCACUUAACUCGUAUCCCUAGAAGGGCUUGAAGCUGCUUAGCAGGAACUGGGGGGGGUGGCCAGCGAGGCUCUCGAGGGUGACCCGCCGCAGGAGCCACCCGGUGCCAGCCUGACUCGGGUGUGUCGGCCUACGUGGGCCCCAGACAGGCUCCCCACUGGGGGACGAGGUAGCGCUGGUGGCAGAUGUGGGCUUGGGUCCCGCGCGGGGUGGGCCGAGCCACUUCACCGCCUCCUGACCCAGCACCUCGCAAAUGCCGAGGCUGGCUGCAUGGCACUGAGCGCUCUCCGAGCUUCCUCUGACCCGCGGGCCGCUCCACUGGCGGGCGAGCCGCUUUUCUCUGUGUCCUUUUGUUGCCAAGGUGGUAUUGAAGUACUUAACUGUGGACUCGCCCUUCUCCCCUCCUCGUAUCCCUUCCUCGGAUCCCACAUAUGCAAUGACUUUUAAUUUUCACUUUUGUAGUUUACUUCUUUGUAUUACAACAGGAAAUAUAGUUGCAUAUACAGGCACAGACUUGGGAGGACAGGUUCUGAAUGUCCUCCCUUCAUUGUAACAUGUUUUACUCACAAAUAAAAUUCUUUAAGCAA